CACGACGACAACCUCCUGUCAACACUCGGCCGCAACGAAACGCGAUACGAGUUGUGUCCGGCAAACGGCGCCGACAUUGACUGCUCCGGCGGUAAGCACUCGACGGUAUGGCUGGCAGUGGUGUUGCUAUGGGCGGGCAGUUUCCUGAGGGGACUGGGAUUUACAGCCUAUUUUGUGAUCGGAAUGCCUUACAUCGAUGAUAGCGUCAGCAAAAAGAACUCGCCCAUUUAUAUUAGCCUGAUCACAGCGCUCAGGCUAAUUGGACCGGCUGGUGGUUUCCUGCUGUCCUCCCUGUCCCUUCGUUUUUAUGAAGAUCCAUUUUGAACAGCACAGGCGGUAAAACGGUUGGCCAAAAAUCCUAUCCUGAUGUUUCAUUUGGUUGGCAGUACUAUACGCUACAUAGGACUGGGCGGGUAUUACAUAUUUAAAACAAAGUACAUAGAGUCUAUGUACAGGCAAACUAGUUCCGGGGCGAGUUUCAUCACGGGCACCACCAGCAUACUGCCUAUGGCUGUGGGUAUUAUUCUGGGCGGUGUACUAAUUACAUUUGUCAAGCCACGGCCUCGCACCCUGGUCAUUUACAUGUUCUUAGUCGAACUGUUCUCCAAUGGGGGCAUAUUUACCGGGAUGUUUAUGGGCUGCCCGCCCCUCCAGUUACCACCAACCCAGUUAGUCAAUAACGAAUACUCGAUGAAUGCCCAAUGUAAUCAGGGUUGCGACUGUACAACGAGUAUAUUCACCCCGAUUUGCUCGGGCGCUGACAAGUCGACCACGUAUUUCUCGCCCUGUUAUGCGGGCUGUAAGACCAUAGAUAGGGUCGCUGGGACAUUAUCUGGGUGCUCGUGUAUAGGGCCUGACACGGCUGGCACCGCCACCACCGGCUACUGUCAGAGCGAUUCAGACAAUUGCGAUAAAUUAUAUACUUAUUUACUGGUGAUAACCCUCGGGUCGCUUAUAUCGUCAACGGCCAGGACUGGCAACUAUUUAUUAACGCUUAGGAGUGUUGACCCGAAAGACAAGAGCUUUGCUAUGGGAAUGAUGUCUACAUUUAUGGCAAUAUUUGCCUUCAUUCCCUACCCAUUAAUAUUUGGUGCGAUCACAGACUCCGCUUGCAUGGUAUGGGAGCGCACGUGCGGUAAACGUGGUAACUGUUGGCUGUAUGACACUGAUAAAUUUAAAAACUACCUACACGGCUCGGCAUUUGCUUUCAUGAUGGUGGGCUCUCUAUUUGAUUUGGGCAUUAUUUUUAUGUCUAAAAAGAUCAAAAACUUUUACGACGAGCCCGACAAGGAGAUUGAUGACCUGGAUAAAAAUCACCAAAUAGAUUCAGACAAAAAU